GAGAUAUAAGUCCGGAAUAUCCCGCUGCUCUCCCUCAGUCGCCUCCCCUCCGUGGCCACAGACGGCAGUAGCAGCGUCAGUCUCCUGUGCUUUAACAUUUUUGUGAAUUAUUUUUCGUCGAGCGUCUCGAUUCCUCGAAGCACCAUGGCACAGGAACAGGAGACGCAGGUCGCGCGCCGCAUCCUGCACCGGCUGGACGAGAGCGUCCUCCCGAGCGUGAAGAGGAACGCCGGCAUCGUGAAGGAGUUCGCGGACCUACUGCAGGCGACCUUCUCGGGCCACAGCCUGCUGCGCGGCGCCACGGUCUUGCACGGCGGCAGCGCCUACGAAAGCCUCUGCGUCACGAAGGACACUGACUUCGACAUCACGGUGGUCCUCGGGGAUCCCUUCGUCGCCAAGAACUUCGAGGUGACGCGCGACAGGAGCGGCUUCUUCGCCCUGAAGUGGCGCUACAGCAACCGCCAUCUGUACGACGAGGCUGGAUUCCUCGACGCCAAGGCCCUCCAGCAGCAACUGUUCGGCGCGCUGGGCAAUUGCGUGAGGGAGGUGCGUGUUCCCAAUACGUCGGUGUUUUCGAUGCCGAAGCUUAUGGCUCUGCUGGUGGAGAUCACGACGCAGUGGGGCACCAUCUCCAUGGACCUCGUCCCUGUUAUCGCGGCGCGGAGUUGGGGGCCGUGCCCGGAUCUCGUGCCGCUGAGCAGCCUGCCGGCGACGCUGCGGGAGCACGUGGACACGCUCGUCCGCAACUGCUCGCCCGUCUUGUGCUUCAGCCCCGCGGCGCCAGGGAACCACAGCAACGGCGACCGCCUGUGCAACAUUGCCUUCGGGAUGCUCGAGAAGAACUUCCUGCGAGCCAACCCCGCGGUGCGUGACAUGGUGCGUCUGCUCAAGUUCCUGUCGGUGUACCACGGCUGGAAGAAGCUCGGCCUCAAGUCCUUCCACCUCAAGCGCAUGGCGGUCAAGUACAGUGGCGAACUGGUGAACAAGACUCUCUGUAAGUGGCCGGAGAAGGGUGUCUGUCUCCUCAGGGCGCCGGAGCUCCUUCCGAAGGGUUAUCACACGGGGCUAAGGUUCCAUCUAUUCUGUGGGGAGUCGUGUCCUGGGAUUCCAAAGGCGCUGCCAACUGGGGGACCACAGAGGACAGAAAAGGAAUAGGAGCGCGCGCUCAAAAUGUCCAAUCGAGGACUUGAGGCCAAGUUACAGGCCCUUUAACCCGAGGGCAUUGGGCGGCUGGAACUCUGCACCCGCUCCCAUUGGCUUCCUCCUGCCUCUUCCCGGAUGGCGUGGACGCUGCUUUCCCUCCAUCCAUUCCUCAUCUCUGACCCGUUCCUCCUUCUGCCCACUCCUUCCCUCCCUGGCCAAUACCUUCCUCCUGUUAUUGCUCUUCUAUUUUCCCAGACCCUCCCAAGUCGGAUAUUCUGUCCUCCUCACACAUUUCCUUGCACAUAGCUCUAGUCACUCCUCCACUACCCAUGCCCACACAGACGGCUCCAAAUCCACUUCGGGCACUGGUUUCGCCGUUGUCUUUCCCUCUCGCAAACAACUUUCCGCCAUAAUC